CCCAUCCCCAAUAUUUUUAAAAAUUAUAAUGACCUGUAGGGGCGUGUUUGUGCCCUCCGCCCCCGAUAUUUUCUUAAUGUUUUUGUAUUGUUGUGCCCACCAAUCUUACGUGGCCUGAUACGCACCUGACACCUUGAUUGACCUGCUAGGCACAUGUCACCUUGAGUGAGAGCAAUUACUAGCUUCUAUUAUGAUAAGCAGCGUGGGAAUUGUAAACUUUUCGCAUAAUAUAUGAAAUAUCUCCCGUAAAAUAUGCAUAAAUGACUUAAAGAACAGAUCAGACUAACUGAUUUUCAACCUUGCGACCAGCAAAAAUACCGUGGAAAAAGUAUACCCACGUAUUCCCUAGAUGUUAGGACUCCUAAAAGAUGUUGCGUGAUUCGGGAUUUCCACGGGUUCGAGCUUGAGAUGCACAAGAGAUGCUUGCAUUAGUAAUACCUUGCAUAACCAACCCUCUCAAUCUUUGUCUACAUCUGCAAUUUAUAUAUCCAAAAAAAGGGUCUUGUACAGCUGUGACUUCACACAUCGAACGCUCUCUUUUAGCAAACAUGAAUUGCAUUUUUUUAAAGGUCUGUAUUCCGGCUAUCUAGUUUGAAUAAUAACACAACUCUCCGAUAAGUUUGACAAGGGUUGCUAUCUUUACUCGCCCCACCUCGGCGUCGAGAUAUCGACGUCUGCAAUUGGAGGAACACGGAGAGGGUUUCAGAUAGCUCGCCUUUGUAAUUAGAUAGCACUACGAGCUUAUCAUCACCGACGCUAAGUCCUUUAAACUUUGCGCUUUCAAACGCGUUGUAGGAUUGGUAUAUUCGUAAAGGCAAGGAGAAGACAUUUUGGUCGACUUUUGAGAGAAAACACUAUUGGUUUUGGAAGGUUUUCUCGGACGAGAAGUUUCUGAAACUUAAAGCGUCACUCGCGUGAGUGCGCUUGGGGUCGAAGACGAUUCUCAACUAUUGACACAGUCAAGAAAAAUCAGGACGAGUUUUGGUGACCUGUGCGGUUGCAUUUUAAAGGCAUAUAUAAUAUUGGAGCUCCAAACGAUUUUGCGACGUCUUGAGAGCGUACUAUAAAGUUUGAGGACGGCCCGUAAGUGAAAACUUUAAAGACGCGGGGGAAAAAAACUUUUGAUACAUAAUGCGGCGAUUUUCAAAUCGAAUUCAGCACGGUGCAAGAUUAUAACUUUUUAAGAAUUGCUCAGUAUUCUAAAAAUCCAUUCAGUAAUUAUUCAGGAAUUAUGAAGUAUAAUUAUAAAAAGAUUCAAGAUCUUUCGAGCCGCACUACAAAAUCAUACCGGCAAUCGUCAUUACUUUCAUUGAUAACGUUUCAUUGGAUGAGCGAUGUCAUACGGAUGGGCAACACUCGAUCUCUUCACGAAGAUGAUUUACUUCCUAUACAACCCGGCGACGAGAUGCGGCACAUGACGGAAAAACUAGACCUGGAAUGGAGCGAGGAGUUACGGAGAAACCAGUCUUCGGGCAAAGCCCCCAGGCUAUGGCGUUGCGUCGUGAAAGUUAUUCCAUUGCGAGAUUGGCUUCUUCUCGUUGGCUUGCUGUCGCUGUACAUUCCGUGCGGUAUUGCCAUACCAACGCUGCUGUCAAUUAUCGUGAGCCUUCUUGUUAGAGAGCGUUCUGGUGCCAUGACGUCUCUCUGGGCAUGCGCUGUGGUGCUCCCUGUCGUUCUUCUGGUAAAGAGUGUAGUUUACUAUUCGUACUGCUUUGAGGCGGAGAGACUGGGCAUGAAGCUAAGAUCUGCGCUCCGGGGCGUUAUCUAUAACAAGAUUCUACUGGUCGACAAAGAGACCCUCCAGCGCUUCGAUCGCGGUCACGUGAUGGCCCUCUGCACCAAUGACGUGCAGCGCUUUGAGUACCUGCUGAUCUGGAUGUCGGGCGUGGUCUCGUGCGUGCCUAUCACGGUGUGCUACAUGGUACAACUUGCGUCCAUGGCAGGCGUGGCUGCCAUUGCGGGGCUAGGCUUCAUCCUGUUCCUUGUGCCGUAUAUGGGGCUGUCGUUUAAGCUGGCGUCCGCUUAUCGUGGUCUUACAGCUCAAGCGACGGACAAGCGGAUCGGAAUCAUAACCGAAUGUGUGACCGGUAUUCGUAACCUCAAGUGUCUGGGGCUGGAGGAAAACUACGAGAACAAGAUCAGAGAAAUUAGAAGAACGGAGAUGAAGAAUAUAUUCCAUAAAAACAUCGUGACCAGCGGGAUUAACAUCGUCUGGACGGUCUUCAUUGGAAUCUUCUCGUUUUUCUGCUCUUUAGGGGUACUGGUGUCCGGCGACAACCUUACCCCUAGCACUGUCUUCUUGAUCCUUGCGAUGGGCGGGGUCUUGAGCUUAGAGAUCCCAACCGCGCAGUACGGAGUACUCCUAAUUGCUGAGGUCACCCGGUCCUUACAUCGAGUACAGGAGUUCUUAGUCCUUCCAAAUCUAUCGACUGCGGAUGCAAAACGAACCAAAGCACAAGUUCCUGAAGAAGUAGAGUGUGGAGUUGAUCAAAAGGAACCUUCAAGUGGAUCGCAAAAUGUUGACGGUGCAGGUGCUGGCACAAGUGAUGAAUCACGUGGCGGCGGAGAGUCAGAAAGCGCAGAGGAAGCAGGGGGUAUAACUCUGAGUAGUGUUACCUGUAUAGCUUACGAAGAUAAUAACAAUGUUCUUAUCAAUGACAUCACUGUUCAACUUCCCGAGGGUUCAUUGACCGCCGUCACUGGGCCCGUAGGCUCUGGUAAAACAUCCUUACUUCUUACAAUCAGUGGAGAGCUUCCCUUGGCAUCGGGAGAGUUGUACUGUAAAGGGAGAGUCGCAUAUGUCCCUGAGACACCUUGGUUAUUUUCUGGGACAAUAAAAGAAAAUAUCAUAUUCCAUGAACGCUAUAAAGAUGACUGGUACCGUCAAGUUGUCAAGGCGUGUCAACUCGUGGAAGACCUGCAGAAGUUUCCGGAUGGAGACGAGAUGGUGGUUGGUGAGCGAGGUGUCGUCCUGAGUGGUGGCCAGCAAGCACGCGUCAGUUUAGCACGUGCGGUGUACGCCAAAGCUGACGUGUACUUGUUGGAUGACCCAUUAAGGUCUCUUGAUGUCAACGUGGGUAAGGCUAUUAUGGACGACUGCAUCAAUGGUUUGUUAAGCAGCAAGACAAGGGUGCUGGUCACACAUAGCGAGUAUUGCAUGAUGCGUGCUGACAAAGUCCUACUAAUAGAGGAAGGUUGCGUUGAGCGUGAGUUUGAGUGUUCUGACGAGCGCGAGAUUGAAGACUUAGCUGCUCUUGCAGUAGAUGGUCAAGCAUCACUGGGCUUAGAUUCCACCAAGGAUACAUCUGAGACUGCAGAAGACAGUGCUCGAAGGCCAGUUCAGCAACCUACUGGGAUUUUUAUAGAUGAAGAGGACAUAGUUAUUGGAAACAUAUCAUGGGGUAUUUACCUCAGAUAUUUGACCGCCGGCGUAACCGGCAUUGCCCUCCUGCUCAUGGCUGUGGUAUUCAUAAUCGCACAAGUGGUGUCAACCGCAAUGGACGUCUGGUUGUCUCACCUGAGCACGCUAGACCAUGCACACCAGCAGAUCAGAGACAAUAUUUUGAUCUUCCUCAGCCUGGUCAUCGGUGCCAUUGCAAUCAACGCCAUCGCCGUGAUCCUCUUCUACUUCAUCUGCUGCAAGUCGUCCUACUCGCUGCAUCAGCAAAUGGUCAGCUCUAUCAUUCAUGCCCCUGUUUACUUCUUCGACACGACUCCAGUCGGACGUAUCUUGAAUCGAUUUUCUAAGGACAUCGGCAUAACGGAUGAACUACUCCCGGUGCAGCUUGUGUUGACGACGCAGAUUGGUCUAGGGCAAGUGAUGGCUGUCUCGAUGGCGUCAUUCACGAAUCCCUGGGUUCUUAUUGGCUCAGUGCCGUUGGUCGUGCUUUUUGGUUGGAUGACGCGAUAUUACCUCAAAGCAUCACGGCAGAUCAAAAGAAUGGAGUCGGUUUUGCGGAGUCCUGUCAUCUCGCAUAUCUCUGAGACAAUGAGCGGCCUGGAGACGAUCCGUACACGGGGCUGUCAGAAGAUCUUCAUUAACAGGCUUUAUGAAUUGCAGGAUCAUCAUAGCAAAGCAUACAUCAUGUCCCUGGGAGGACAGCGCUGGCUCAGUCUGCGAGUGGAGCUGCUAUGUGUGGGUCUUGUGUUGAUUGUAGGAGCUGCUGCCGUGCUCACGGGCGAAUACUCUGUUCUACUCGGACUCGGUCUCACUUACUCAGUCAACCUAGGCCGUAUGUCCCAAGCUCUGAUCCAGCGGUUCUCCACAGUAGAGAUAUUCAUGACGUCAGUCGAGCGUGUGACGUCAUACACAGAACUUGAAGAAGAACCUGGGUACAGAAUUCCUUACGUCCCCCCUGGCGACUGGCCGAAUUCCGGACAAGUCACGCUGGACAACAUCAAGCUAAGAUAUUACGAAGGAGGGCCUGAGAUCCUGAAAGGGGUAACUUGCAAGUUUGAGGGGAGGAAGAACACUGGUAUUAUGGGGAGAACAGGGAGCGGGAAAUCUUCCCUCGUCGCGGCGUUAAUGCGCAUGCCUGAAGCAGAUGGGAAGAUAUUCGUCGAUGGAAUAGAUAUUUCAACUGUUAACAUCCGCGAGACAAGAAAACGGAUGUCUAUUCUGUCCCAGUCCCCCGUUAUUUUUCGUGGCUCCAUCAGGGAGAACUUGGAUCCUUAUGGGGAAUUCGCGGAUUCAGAGAUUUGGGGGACUCUAGAGAGAGUGCAAAUGAGAGAUGUCGUGGAGAACUUGGAGUCGAGGCUGCAUUACAAGUUGAUGGAUGAGGGAUCGAACCUGAGUUUGGGAGAGAGACAGUUGAUCUGUUUAGCACGAGUUCUGUUGCGCAAAAACAGGAUUUUGAUUUUAGAUGAGCCAACUGCGCAUGUCGACCCGCUGACCACAGAGAAGAUACAGCAGGCGCUUCGGGAGGAGUUGUGCGACUGUACGAUAGUCACUAUAGCACAUCUCCCUACUAGUUUGACAGAAUGCGAUCGUGUUCUUACUAUGAGAGAAGGGAGAAUUACUGUGUAGACAAAACGAUACCGCGUGCUUACUAUGAGAGAAGAGAGAAUAAUCGAGUAGACAAAAUGA